AUGAGAGCCUGCAAUGGCUGUCGCAAGCGCAAGAUCAAGUGCGACUCGGCUACCACCAACAUCUGGCCCUGCUCGGCCUGCACCAGACUCAAGCUCGUCUGCAUCCCACCCUCCAUCGACCAGGACAGCGAGCCGGCCGCCCACGAGCAGAUCCUCGACUUCUCCCAACCCGCUCCUCCGGCAGGUUCAGGUGCUCUUCCACCGCCGCCGCCGCCUGCUGCUCUCCCGGCCUCGUCUUCGCAGAUACACACCUCCUCGCAGCCGUCCUUCCAUGCGCGGGAGUAUUACCCGGCAGAGCCAGCACGACGGACCGGAGACCUCCGCGGCUACGAGAGCGAUUCUCAGCUGUACCAGGCCCAGCAGCAUCAGCAGCAGCAGCCUCACCAGUAUCUCACUUCACCUACGGAUGACGGGCGGUUCUACCACCAUUCGCCCGUAGACGCAUCCCACGGACAGCUACAGCAAGCCUUUCACUACCCCCAACAUCCGCAGGCACCACCACCACCACCACCACCGGCUCCUACUCAGAUACAUAGAAACCCGCCACCACCGUUCCCGGUAUCAACGCCGCAGCCUAUUAUCCAGGUUUCUGAGCCGCCUCCACAAACCCCAACAAACUCGGGCGACCUUACAACGGCUUUCAACGAGCUCAAGAUUGACGAAACUGGCAUUGAGUCAAAGGACCAUAUAAAACCACAGACUGCUCUGGCCGAGUGCGAACAGUCUCUGCCACCGCUGUACAAUGGCGCAAAUUCGUCCCUGCAGUUCCCGGCAGAGCUCAUGCCCUCCGACACUGAGGCGCUCGAGUACUUCAGAGUCUACUUUGAUGAUCUACAUCCUUACCUCCCUGUAAUCCCUAGGAACUACUUCUACGAGCAAUGGCGGCGGGAGAAGUGGGAUAUCUCCCCUCUCCUGCUCAGUGCCCUUUUCGCCUGUUCUGCCAGGGCUCUCAACGAUACCGCAAAGGCUACCAAGUGGCUUGCCCUUGCUAACAAAUUCGAACCGGAAUUCAUGGAAGCGCCCCGGCUCACCACCGUACAGGCUCUGUUGCUUAUCAUGAAGGCCCGAGAAGCCAUGCCACGCCCAGGCUACUACUACCGCUCAUGGCAGACGAUCAAGACGAUCAUUUCAAUGGCCAAGGAUCUCGAGCUGCAUCAGCAUUACCAAUACCACGCAGAGGGCAAGCUGUGUGGCUAUGACACUGUGGAGUGUCUCAUUCGCACCCGCGUCUGGCAGACCAUUCUCGUUGUCGAGAUAAUGGUCGGAGGGCCUCAAGGACGCUCGGAGUUUGGCGUGGAGACUGACACGGUAGAGAUCCGUCCGUCCUGGGAUAUCCCCAACCUCGAUGCAUACGAAGUCGAACGAUCAAGACAAUUCAGCUACUUCGUCCAUAAUGCUCUCAAUAUUCGCCGCAUAGUGGACGUCUUUCACAAGGUGAAAAAGACCAAGGACUGGGGCGCCAAUCCGCAGUUUGCCCGUAACAACCCUCUUUUCGAGGCUUGGUACAACAGCCUGCCACCAGAUCUCAUGGUCACCUACCUACCAGAUGGUUCGCCUCCAUGGAUUCCUUCGCAUUUUCUCGCAAACAUGCAUUCGCACUUUGAAUUGGCCAAGAUCAUGCUCCAUCGCCCCCAAUUCGUCGCCGCCAGCUCGUUUCCAGCAGGCGGAGAAUGGAGACACCACUUCUCGAUAUGCUACAGCUCGGCUAAGGCGAUCUGUCGGCUGCAGGAAGCCCUACUCUCCUCGUUUGGCGUAUCAGGUUUCCUGUGCAUGCAACGAGGCAUCAACUUCUCCAUUUACUGCAUUCUAACCAGUGUCAUGCUGCAUCUUGUAGCCAUCACUUCGCCAGAUCCGGAAUUCAACAAAGAUUCCAGGUCUUAUUUUACUCGGCACAUGAGAGUUCUGGAAUCAUGCAGCUCUUCCUGGCCCAUGACGGAGUUGCAGUCACAACUUGCUGCCCUACGUCUUGCUUUCUCCGCAGACAUCAACAAGCCGUUCGAGCUGAAGCCAACUUUCCCCUAUGGCAGUCCAGUCGGGCCCCCGUCUCAGUCUCUGCCCGUCAGUGAUGCGAUGUACCAUUCGUCGCCAUCAUACAGUGAAGCCCAAGAACCUGCUCAGGGCACAGGGAAUCUCCCCUUCUCCGACUCAUACCCCAUCAGUCCACCUGUUUCUACGCAGACGAGCGUGAAGCCCGAGUCACCUGCAACGGGUACAUAUGGCCUGCUGCAGCCCUACGACACUACCCGCGCUCCACCUCCAAUCACAUCAAUGCCGCUUGUCGAUGAGAACAGCUGGAAUCCCUCGAGAAUCAUAACACAAUGGGACCUCGCCUUUUCAGGGAACAUAAACUCUAACUCACCUCCCUCCGCAACAUCAUCAACUAACAGCACAGUGGUUCCUGACCCCCAUUCUCUCUACCCAUCUUCCUCUACCAUGGCAAGUGCCAAUGGCAGCCCAGGCUCCGGCGCAGCCCAGUACUCAGAUUACUCCCAGCCCCUCAUGCCACUGGUCGAUCCUAACCAGCCUACGCAGGUCUCCAUGCCUGCACAGCAGUACAACUUGCUGCCCGUUGUCAUGGGGGCCAGGGACUGGCAACGUAGUGUGGCCAGCGUUAUUGAUCCCGAGGGCGCGAAGAGAAGAUGGGACGAUGUCGACAGCUACGGUGACGAACAGGCUAAACGGAGAAGAUGA